AUGAUUGGAAUUGGUAAUAGACCACCCGAAGAAGAGUUAUUCGAUAAGAAGCCAAUCGAACCGAUUGCAAAUUAUCCCAAUGGAAAAGGCGACCCUCAAAUGAUUAUGAAUGGAAUUGAUCAGAAUACAAAAGCGCAGAAGGUUAGAAUUGAGUUGAGUUAUUUCAUUAAAUAUCAUUAUAUUUUUUUCCAGAUCAAUCGUCUUGUUUUGUCUAGAACCGCGAUUGUCGAACUUCUGAGAGUUGAAUCGCCUUCGAAAAUUUGGGUAAGAUUAACAAAUCAUAUCGCUGACGAUACUUUGACAUUCAAAGAACCGUGAGUUUCUUUUAUUCUAGCUUUUAAUGUGUCGUUCAAAUAAUAAUUCAAAAAAUUUCAGCUUCGAUUUGAAACCCAAAGAAAGCUUUAAAAUUGGAGAAUACGCCAUUGCUCCAUAUCAAGCGAGAACUUUUCGAAGAUGUUUGAUUGAAGAUGUAAGUUUCGAAAAAAAAUAUUUGUGUUAAUAAAUAAUUGAUUUUCAGAUCAGAAGAGAUAAUAAUAACGAAACGAUUGUUGAUAUUUUAUUUAUUGAUGAUGCUUUGAAAUACACAGUAAAACCGGAGGUAUUUUCUAUAUUUGAAACUCAACGAAAACAAAUGAAAUGGAAUUUUUCAGUGUCUUUGUGAAAUGGAUGAGCAUUAUAUGUUUUUCCCUUGGCAAGCGAUUCAAAUUUCGCUCUUUCAACUGUUCCCAAGAGAUUUCAACCUAAAAGGUGUUCAACCGCGACAAAAAUGGUCAAAAGAAACAUGCGAUAAUUUGCGUGAAGUUCUGGAACAAUUCGAAUUUUUACGAGUCGAAGCGGUUUUGUCAAGUGUCGUUUUCAAUGAUUACUCAAGAGCCACACCUUGCCAUAUUUUUGGAAUUGAAAAUUAUAUGGAAUUAGAAACCGGUUCAGAUAUUUUGGAUUUAUUGUUGAGUACGGGAAAUUUGCCGAUUACUCGCAUUCCAUUAUAUGACGCGGCAAAACAUCAAUUUUUCGCUGUUGAAAGAAGUCCAUCAGAUGAAGAACAAAUUUUGACGAUUCAUAGAGGAAUUCCAGAAGAGUGGAAAAUGACCAAAAAACCCGUGCUUCUUGGAAAAGAAGCUACGUUGAGUUCUGAUAUACAAGAUUGGGAUCCCGAACUUUGUCAAAUCCCAGCAUUCACAGAAGAUGAUUUGAAAUCGUUAGUUUUAUUUUUGAAAUCCCUCUGAAACCCCUCUUUUUCAGAUUCGCCGAUGAAAACAAUGAUAUUCUGUUUAGUGUAGAAGGAAUUUGCACAAAAUCGCCAUCUCGAUGGUAUGCUAGACCAAUUCUUAAAACAUGUGAUGAAGAAGAAGCGGAAGAUGGUGAUGAGAAUGAGAUUGAAGACGAUCCGGUUAAAUGGAUGAUUAAUGGAAAUGAGGAAUUAUUAUCAGCGGCUGAACAAUUGGAUACGUAUUAUUCGGUGUCUGAAAAUCGAAAACCAUUGACACAUGAAGAAAUGUAAGCGAUUUGAGUUAUGAUGUGGCGUAAAAACCCGAUGACUUCAAAGAUGAUUUUCGGCGAUUUACAUCUUUGCAAAGUUUCAUAAUCACAAUUCUUAUUUAUUUCAGUAAAAAUCUUCUCGCAAAAUCGAAAGAUGUUUUCGCAGUUUGUGCUGUCAACGAAGAUAAAUCCGCAUAUACUGGCGAAUGGCAACGUGUGCAAAUUCUCAAAUGCGAAACUUUUGCCGAAGUUUUGUUUUUGGAUUCUGGAGGUUGCGAUAUGGUUUUGACUAGCUCUUUGUACAGAAUUCAUGAGCAGUAAGUUUCAUUUCGAGUUCAGAAAAAAAUAAAAAACGCAAAUUUUCAGACAUUGUCGAUAUCUUCCAAAAUGUCUUCAAUUAUCGAUUCAUGGAUUAGCUUCGGGUAUCAAUUCUUCCCGAAAUGGAAUAUUUAAAAGUAGCGAGUGUGAAAUGUUUCGCUCUGCAUUGAAAGUCGAUGUUCCGCUUGUUAUUAAUUUGGAAGAUAGUGAGUUGAAUUUCAGCUAUUCAGAAAUAAUUUUUGAAUUGAUUUUCAGUUCAAUUGGCAAAAUCUCAAAUGGAUGUCGAGAAGUCGGGGAUUUUCAAUAAGAAUGUCUUUUUUGUCAGAGAUAUGAGAGUGAGUUUAAUUGAAAGAAAUCGGAAAAAAGUGAUUUUUACUUUAUAUUUUUCUAGAUCUCAAUUUUUAUCAAGAUUUUCAAAAUUAUUCUUGCAGAGUUACGAUGAGGACGAAUCAUUCAUGGAUUAUUUGAAAUCUCGUGGAUUGGUUGAAGAUGAGAAAGCUCCGGUUGAAUGGUUGUGA